AUGAGUUGGAAGAAACGCAAAGCGAGCGGUGCAACGUCAGACGAUGUAUUUGAGAAACACAGCGAUAUACCUUACACUCCACCAAUCACAAGCAAGCCUGUUAACUUGAAUUUCAAGCAACACAAAUUCACUGCCAGCACCGCCCACCCCAAGCCAUCAAGUGGGAAUAGCAAUAUGACGCGCUUUAUUCGCCGUAGAGGGAGUUUUAAGGGUACAAUACUCUUAGCGCUCACAUUGCUUUUGCUAUUUCUCUAUAAAACACUUUCAAACACAACAAUAUCAUCUGAGACACACCCACCUAGCACACCUAUGCUCAUAACUAGCGGCGUACUCACCAAGGAAGAUCCACGCUCUCUUCUCCAUCGCCUUAAUAUCCUAACUGACAGAACAACGGUGCAUUUCAAUCGCCGCAACGACACAGCAGCUGACGUAGACGCAAUCGUACAUCUACGCCACAGAGCGGAUAACUUACCGCUGAUAGUAGCAAAUCUGUGCUCAAAUACUCUAUCAGAUGUUAUACGCACUGUGACCGUGUACAAUAACAACCCACUAUCGACGGUGACACAUGACGAUAUGGCCACGUCUCAAUGCCCGCUGAGUAAGUUGAAAGUGGUGAAUGAUUACGAUGACGGGGGUUUCGGUCAGAUGGCGAGGUAUGAAUUGUGUGCAAGUGCAGAUCCAGACUCACGCUACUGCUUCAUUCAAGACGACAAGCACAUCCUGCCGCCUUCUGUCAUAAGGUCUAUGCGCUUCUUACGCGAUUUGGAUCCUCAUGGUUCGCCAAUUGUUCCCGCUUCCAGCGAGGGUUAUAUACAGGCACGUUGGGAACACUGCCUGAACGCUCCUGAUCUCAAUAUACACACAUGCGCAUAUAGCAUGGAUCCUGGUGCACUUCUCUCGACGCGCGUGGCAGAGUCUUUCCUGCGCUAUAUGCAACAAGUUGGGGUAGAUAAUACGGUGGACACUGUGAGCAUCGUUGACCGGGUAAACGGGGUAAAUAUGGUAGAUGUGACGAAUUCGGCAUCGACAGACAGCUACUAUAGCAUCCUCUCUAACUCACACCCCUCAUCCGUCAUGGUCGUAGUCGUGCCCUCCUUGUGCGACUUGAUGAGGAGCAGCGGUGAGGAUGCGGCGGCAGUAAUGACGAAUGCAAAGGUUUACGGUGAAUACGAUGUGCUGCUAGACUCCUUAACGCAGCUUCCUUCACACUCAUCAUUCACUCAGGUGAAGGAAGAUGGUGUGCACAAGCUAAUGCAUUCUGUAAAGGCUAUUGGAGAUAACGGACUAGUGCUUUUGAGCAAUUUGCAGCUUCUGCCUUUUGUAGGUGCGCGCGAUAGCUGGAAUGGUACCACCCCUUUUGCGGAGUGGAUUGAGUAUCGUAGAAAGGAACUAGGCGAAGAGCGAAAAAAGCAAACGAUCGAGAGCGGCUAUGGAGCGAUGCUUGAUGGUAACUCAACCACUUACUUUAAAUCUUUCGGCGCUGCUAUGAUGGCAGACUUUGUUGGUUUUAAAGUGCCGAGUGGUGCACAUUCACUCCAUUUGGCUGUAGAUUCUACCGCACUACUCGCACUACUCACAACACAGUACUCUCAAGAUGGCUUGUCGUACUUUUCUCUUGAUCACUCUUUACAUUGCCAGCCGGCUAAAAUGCACACGAUGCAUGGCAACAGACUGUUUGAAUGCUCAGUUCCACUCGUUCAAGGGUUUGAAUUUGUCAGGUUUAUCGUGACAGAUGACGUUGACUUGUCAGUUGAAUGGUCUAUCAAUGAAGCUUGGCUGGGGUGGAAUGGAUAG